AUGGCCGCGUCCGCCCGUCGUCUGUGCCACAUCGCUUUCCACGUGCCCGCGGGGCAGCCCCUUGCCCAAGAUCUGCAGCUUCUCUUCGGGUUCCAGCCCCUGGCGGUGCGGGAAGCAGACGGCUGGCGGCAGUUGGCCCUGCGCAGCGGCGACGCGGUCUUUUUGGUGAACGAGGGCGCUGGGCCCCAGGAGCCCCUGUACGGCCUGGACCCACGUCAUGCUGUGCCCAGCGCCACCAACCUGUGUUUCGACGUGGUGGAUACGGGCGCUGCCGCCCGGGCGUUGGUUGCGCGGGGCUGCAGCGUGCCGGUGCCCCCUGUUAGCGUGAGGGAUUCUCAGGGCACCGCCACCUAUGCCGUGGUCAGAUCACCUGUGGGCAACCUCAGCCUGACUCUGCUGGAGCGCGCCGGCUUCGGAGGGCCUUUCCUGCCGGGCUUCAGGCCUGUGCCCUGUGCAACCCGCCCAGGCUGGGUCAGCCACGUGGACCACCUGACCCUGGCCUGCACCUGUGGCAGCUCCCCAACAUUGAUGCGCUGGUUCCACGACUGCCUAGACUUUCGCCACCUGCCACUGAGCCCAGGUGAGGAUCCGGAGCUGGGCCUCGAGGUGACAGCAGGAUCUGGGCCAGGGGGACUGAAGCUCACCGCCCUGCAGACCAUGCCAGGCAGCUCUGCCCCCACCCUUGUACUGGCUGAGUCCCUGCCAGGGGCUGCCAGUGGACAGGACCAGGUGGAGCAGUUCCUGGCCCGGCACAGGGGACCAGGACUGCAGCACGUGGGGCUGUACACGCCGAACAUAAUAGAAGCCACUGAACGGGUAGCAGUGGCGGGGGGCCAGCUCCUGGCUCCUCCUGAGGCAUACUACCAGCAGCCGGGCAAGGAAAGGCAAAUCCUAGCUGCUGGGCAUGAGCCUAGCCGGCUAGCCCGACAGGGGAUCCUGCUAGAUGGCGAUGAAGGCAAGUUUCUGCUUCAAGUCUUCACCAAGUCUCUCUUUCCAGAGGACACCUUCUUCCUGGAGCUGAUUCAGAGGCAGGGGGCGACAGGCUUUGGCCAGGGCAACAUCCGGGCCCUGUGGCAGUCGGUGCAGGAGGAGCAAGCCUCCAGGAACCAAGAAACCUGA